GCGACACGGUCGUCGCCACGUGCGAAUGAAUUUGAAUCCACCGCCGUGGACGAUUGCCACGCGAGCCGACGCAGCUCGUUCUCCAAAAUUGUCUUCUUGAGAAUUCAAAAAAAAAAAAAAAUAAUUCUCCAUUCGAAUCAUUUCAUCUUUGUGAGAAGGGUCCUUUCUCCAAAAAAAAGAACUGCGCGAAAAAAAGAUUCAAAAAAAAAAUUUCGUGAGCCCUUUUAAAAAAGGGGGGCCCACCAACGAGGAUCCUGUCAUUUAAAAUCCAGACAGAAAAUGAAUCUCUGAUUUCUCCGAGUGCAUCUCAAUUCUUUUUGUAUACACUUUAAUCUCAUCUCUCUUUUUUUUAUCUCUUCCAGUGACGUGCGGAAGUGACGUUUUACUUUCUGUCGUAUUUUUUUUUUUUUAUUAUCGUGUCUUCUUUAUUGUCCUGUUAUCUUCAUUGCGUGACAUUAUCGCAACAAAAGAGACAAAUAAAUAAAAAAACGGAUUUUGAAUCGUUAACAUGGCGUGGGGGGUUGUGGGAUGACAUUGGGGGGGUUUGACCUUGGAAAUAGGCGCCACCUGCGGAUCGCAGGACCAAGGACCUCUGGUGUAAAGAGAAGCCGGUACAGGAAGUUCGCGACACUCUGCAUGUGUAACACAAUUGUGUCUAUAAAAAGAAAAAAAUAGUGUCUUAAUAUAAACGCGUGUCAUAAAUUUUGCACUAAAGUCAAGCGGAAAAAAAAGAGAUAAAGAAAUAAAAACACUGAGAAGAAAGGAGAGAGAGAGAGAAUUGCUCUGAAUCAAAUCGAAUGUCAAGAAAAAUGGAGAGGGGAGAUCGUUCUUAGCGCGGGAGAUUUUUUAUUAUUUUGGUUUCUUUAAUAGUUGGUGAGUCGCGAAGUGAGACAGUAUAUUAUAUAUUGUAAUAAAUUGAAAGAAUUUUUGUGAUUAUUUGCGAGGACUUCUAUUUUUAAUUUUUGUUUUUUUUUUCACCUGUGUGUUAUAAUUGGUACCAUCAUUGGAGUGAAGAAUCGUUAGGGUGUAUAGAAAGUAGAUUAUUAUAAACUUUUUUGUAAUACCAAAAAGGAAUGACUCAAUAUGUUGUCUAGUUUCAGUGCAUUGUUGCUGUUGAUCUUCACGGUCCUGAAUGUGACAUACGCUCAAGCGGACAUAUUCGGCGAGAAGAAGGAAUUGGUACAUGAUUUACUACAAGCGGCUGUCUCAGUUAUUGACGACAGAUUUCAAUAUUUCGAAGAAGGCUUGGAUGGUUUUCCAGCCUUCGGAUUUCGUCCAGGUUCCGAAGUCAAGCAACCAUAUAGAAUUUACCUUCCUGAGAAACUUCCGGCCGAAUUCACCUUGGUUGCGACUUUUAAGCCCAAGUCUACUAGGCCAAGCUAUCUUUUUGCAGUUCUCAAUCCUUUCGAUACCGUCGUUCAGCUUGGUAUUCGUAUUUCGGAUGGACCAGCAUCCAAUCAAAAUGUUUCUCUCGUCUACACAAAUUCAGAUGAGCAUUCACAUUCCGAAGAUAUUGUUAAAUUUACAUUGCCAAAAUUAACGAAGAAAUGGUCACAAAUUGUGAUUAAAGUAACGACAACGGACAUCACACUUUAUCUAAAUUGUCAUGAGAUGUCAAGUCAAAAAGUCAUCAGGAUACCGCAGGAAUUGGUUUUCGACACUGCAAGCACACUUUAUAUCGCUCAAGCUGGACCACAUAUCCAGGGGAAAUACGAUGGUCUUCUACAAACGUUGAAAUUGUACGCAGGACAUCCUCAGGAUCUUGUCAAAUGUAAUGCCGAUUUUGAUUUUCCUUCGGGCUCUGGCUCGGGUGAUAUCGAACCAAUUGAAGGUUCAGGAGAGAUUGAUUUAGACAACGUCUUCAUUGCAACUGACGAUGACGAUGAACCAAGUGAGGAAUUUAAUCCACCGCCGCUAAUUACACCACCACCACCAAAUGUCGAUGCUCGUGGUAUAAAAGGUGAAAAGGGUGACAAAGGAGACAAGGGUGAGAGUGUGAGAGGACCUCCGGGACCACCAGGUCCUCCAGGAGACGGCUUCGACCUUAAUGACGAGGAAUUCCAUGAGAACAUGCCAAGAGGACCACCAGGACCAAAGGGAGAACAAGGUGAAUGCAGCUGUAACGCGACAUCGUUGCUCACAUCUUUCACGAUGCCGAAAAUGAUUCAAGGUCCUAAGGGAGAGUCUGGAGUCGUUGGAAAAGAAGGAAAACAGGGACAAAUGGGACUCACGGGUGUAGCUGGACCACCGGGAGAAAGAGGACAGCAAGGUGCUUUUGGUCAGAAAGGUGAUAGAGGCGAAAUUGGCGCAAUGGGACCAGAAGGACCUCAGGGUCAAAAGGGUGAGCCCGGAAGGGAUGGAAUUCCAGGGGAAAAAGGCGCUCUUGGACCGCCGGGUCCUCCUGGCAAAGGGGAAUUUUCUGGUUACGAUCCUAGUUGGAAACCUCGCAGUGGAUACAGGGGUGAAGGUACACCGAUGAGACCAGGAUUACCAGGACAAAAAGGCGAUCCAGGAAUGACGGGCAAUACUGGACCAAAAGGUGAAAUGGGAAUUGUAGGAAGUAAAGGAGCAAAAGGUGAAGUUGGCCAUAAGGGAUCGAAGGGAGAACAUGGUAAGGAGGGACAUAAAGGAAAUCAAGGAUUUAAAGGCGAACCUGGCGCUCCGGGUGUUCCUGGACUUCCCGGUGCUCCUGGUGAAAAUGGAAGACCGGCUGAAAAAGGCGCGAAAGGUGACGCGGGUCCAGAGGGAAAAUUAGGCCCUGCUGGACCACCUGGACCUCCUGGUACUGGUGGAAUUAAUGUUGGCGAUACCGCUGCGGGUGUCAAAGGGGAGAAAGGAGAGCUAGGCAGUUUUGGUUACAAAGGUGAAAUUGGAUUGAAGGGUGAGAAAGGUGAUAAAGGAGAUUUUGGACCAGCUGGAAUUCCUGGUGUGAAUGGAGUUCAAGGACCGCAAGGUGAAAAGGGUGAACCGGGUAGGGAUGGAAUUCCGGGUUCCUCUGGGAUUCCGGGAUCAAAAGGUGAUCGGGGCGAGAGAGGUCCACCAGGUCCUACAACAAUCGCUGGCUCCGGCGAUUAUAUUACAAUCAAAGGAGAAAAAGGAUCUGAAGGUAAAAAAGGAAGACGAGGAAAGCCCGGAAAUCCAGGAAGUCCAGGUCCACCUGGUCCAACUGGGCCACCAGGUAAACCUGGAAGUAUUGGAGACAUCGGUCUGCCUGGAUAUAUGGGCCGGCAGGGAAAUCCAGGUAUUCCCGGAAGUCAAGGAUCUGUGGGACCAAAAGGUGAUAAAGGAGAACCUGGUGCACCAAGUCCUUAUGGAGUUCCUCUUGGUUUAAAAGGCGAAAAGGGAGAUGAUGGAUUUCCUGGAAUUCCUGGUCAACCUGGUCGAGAUGGACAGAGGGGACCUCCGGGAUCUACAGGACCACCUGGUCCCGCAGGACCUAUGGGACCAGCUCCCCAAGGAAAUUAUAUUCCAGUUCCAGGACCACCGGGACCACCGGGUCCUCCUGGUACUCCUGGACUAUCGUUUGUCGGUCAAAAAGGAGAACCAGGAAUAGGCAAAAGCCAUUUCUUUGCUGAAAGAGACUAUUAUGGUGCCAGACAAGAUACAAGAUUUAAAAGUAGUUUGGAUGAGUUGAAAGCAUUAAGGGAAUUGAAACAACUCAAAGAAUUGAAAGAACAUUUAGGAACAGGUACGGUCUCGACGAGAGGUCCUCUAGAAAGCACAACGAAAAUAGUACCAGGAGCUGUGACAUUCCAAAAUACCGAAGCCAUGACAAAAAUGUCCGGCGUUAGUCCUGUAGGAACAUUAGCUUACAUUAUUGAUGAAGAGGCUUUAUUAGUUAGGGUGAAUAGUGGUUGGCAAUAUAUUGCUCUUGGUUCUCUUUUGCCUAUCACAACUCCAGCACCACCAACUACCGUUCCACCACCUGCAAAUCCACCAUUUGAAGCGUCAAAUCUUAUCAAUCAAAUUCCAAUAAAAGCUGACGGAACAGGAUGGUAUCCACGAAUGCUGCGAAUGGCAGCUUUAAAUGAGCCUUUUACUGGAGAUAUGCACGGGGUUCGUGGAGCUGAUUAUACUUGUUAUCGACAAGCAAAACGAGCAGGCUUAAGAGGCACUUUCCGUGCUUUUCUUAGCUCGAGAGUUCAGAAUGUUGACAGUAUAGUUAGACUAGGUGAUAGAGAUCUACCCAUUGUAAAUAUCAAGGGAGACGUUCUUUUCAAUUCAUGGAAGGAAAUGUUUAACGGAAAUGGAGCAUAUUUCUCCCAAAAUCCACGAAUUUAUAGCUUCAAUGGAAAAAAUAUUCUUACCGACUUCGCUUGGCCAGACAAAGUGGCUUGGCACGGUUCUCAUACACUCGGUGAUCGUGCAAUGGACACCUAUUGCGAUGCCUGGCAUUCGAGUAGCUCUGAUCGCUUUGGUCUUGGAUCUCCAUUAACUGACGGACGAUUACUGGAACAAAUUCGUUACUCGUGUGACAAUAAAUUUGCAUUGCUCUGCAUAGAAGUCACCAGUGAACUUGCGCGGAGACGAAAACGCUCGGACGAUCUCUUCGAAUUAUUGGACAAUGAAGACAAUGAACUCACGGAAUUGGAAUAUCAAGAACAUUUAGAGCAAGUUAUGAACAAUUGACCUAAUAUACGUAAGACAGUCGAAAAAAUGAAAACUCUCUCUGUACAUAACAAGCCAAAAAAAAGUCGAAGUAUAUAUAUAAUCACAGACGACAAAUUUGACCCGUCGAUGCAUAUCUUUGACUGAUACAUAUCUAAGCGAUCGCAGUAUCAUUAAAAAAAAAAAUCAGGUAAAUGUCGUCAUACGAUGUGGAUACUUCAUACAUCAUGUUUUAUUCAACAAUUUUUUUUUUAAAUCAUCUUUUCAUAAUAAUUUUUCAUUUUAAAUAUUUUUUUAGAGUAUUUCAAUUUUAAAAAGUUUCUUAAGAGAAUAAUAUAGUACAAUUUAUAGAUGUAUUAUUUAAUUUAUUUAGUCAAAUUUUAUCGUACACUUUUUAUUUAUGAAAUACUUUGAUAUUAUUUAAAAAGUUUAUUUAAAAAAUAUUUUGAAAUUUGUUAUUAUUAGUAUUAUAAUUAUUAGAUUACUUUAAUUAAAUACAAAUUUAAUUUAUUAUAAUUUAAUAUAAAUUAUAAUGUAUUUCAAAUUAUUUUAAAAUUGAAUUUAUGUAAUUGAAUUCAUAUAUUUCAAUUUAGUAUUUUUAAAUUUUAUUUAUUUUGAAUUUAAUUUCUUUUUUUAAUUAAGAUUUUUUUUCUUUUUCAUAUACAUAUAUAUAUACACACACGAAAACUCAUGUCGUCAAUUUUUUUUCACCCUGGUGAAAGAAAAUCAAUGCAGUAUUUACUGAUUUCCAUUAAUUGAAAACUCAGUUCUGGAUUUCAAUGGGGAAAAAAGUUUUUUCAAAUUUUUAUGAAAAAAGUUAUGACUCAUCUCAUAUUAAAGUUUCGAGAUCAGCUUCUCUCUUAAAAGUGCAAAGAAACUGUCAAGGGAAACUUGAUGAAGAUAAAAAAGAAUUCAAUAUACGAUUUUUCAGGUAAUUUUAUUUCAUUUUCUUAAAAACUUUUAAUUUUGAUAUUUGGGUUUUUUUACGAGAGAAGAGAAAAAGUGAACUAUUCAAUACUUCAAUUUUUUUAUCGUAAAAGACUGAUCAUUUGGUGAUAUAUAUAUAUAUAUCUUUCGCACAGUGCAACGGUGAUCCUUAUUUUUUGUUACUUGUCACUUUUUUGCAAAAACUUGCUUUAUAAAUUUCAAAAGUUCUUUUAUUUCUACUAAAGUAAUUUCAUUUUUUUUUCAAAUAAAAUUACUAAUUAAAAUUAGUAAGUACAAUGUUGAAUUAAAAAAAAUUCUAACUCAAUAAUCAAUUUAAAUAAUCGAUUUUUUAUUAAAAAAAUAAAAAAUAAGGAUCAUUUUUGUUGGUAAAAUUUGAAUCAUGUCAUAUUUUCGAAAUCAUUGUACGCGUCCAGUACUUAUCAAUAUCUUUAAAAAUCAUUAAGACGAAUAAACUUGUACAAGUCGUAAUUUACUGCCUAGAACAUAAAAACACAGCUCUAAAAUUUAAGUAACUUAAAGAAAAAAAGAUUGUAUCCAUAUCAAUGCAUUUACAUUAAUUAGUAAAUACAUGAAUGUGUAUGUUAGACUUUAAGAAGACACAUCGAUUUUAACAACCAGUAUCCAAUACCGACGAAAAAAGAGAAUGAAACUUUUACAAACUGCGAUUUUUCCAAUUUUACCAAAAAAAAAAAAAAAACAACACUGAAUUGCAACGAAAUUGAUUUUUAUGAUAAUUUUUUUCAUCUCUACACGAUAAGAAUUAUGUUAAAUCAAAUAUUGCGGAUUAGAGUAAUUUUUCAACAAACAUAACAAAACAAUUUAAACAAAUUGGCUAGAAAACUUUUCUAUUAUUCACAUUUUCAAAAUAAAAAGUACAAAACAAAUAUUGUCGUGUGGAUAUGAGAGAAUUGCUGUCGAUAAUAUUCAAUCAAAUCUUUUAGGUAUAUAAGUCAUCAUAAUUUUUUUUUUGCUUUUGCAUUCUAGUCCAUUUAUCCAAGUUUAAAAAAUACUCAAACGCGACAGAAUAUGAACUUGCUUACUUUAUUUAUAUCAUUUUUUUUAAUUUCAUUAUUUCACAAUAGUAUUUAACAUAAUUUAAAAUUUUAUCUACUAAAAAGUUAUUUAAUUAUUUAUAGAAUUUAAAAAAAAUAAUUGAAUAAAAACGUAAAAAUGUUUAAAAAUUUAAUGAUUAUUUAUUCUUAAAAAAAAAUGUAUUCUUUUAAAAAUCAUUUUUUAAUUAUUAUUUUACGAUGAUUAGGAAAAUAUUAAAGUAAGCAAGUUUCACUUAGAGAAAUAAAAAUAAAAUAACAAAUAUGCAAACCACAUAUAAAGAAAUAUAAAAGAAAGAGACAAAAAAAUGUUUUUCUUUUUAUUAUAAAACAGCUUUGACUGCCAUUCUCAAAGUGAUAACUGUCAAAUUUACAUCUGAGAUUACAAAAUGCAUUAAAAAAAAAAAAAAAUUUGCAAACUCAGAUUAUUUACUGUCGUUUAUUCACGUCGAAUUUCAUACCGCAGAUUUA